AUGAAGCCAGUUUCAUUUUGGAGAAUGGGUGAUGUAGCUCUAGGAAGAUUAAGCAAGCAAGUUUAUGUUAAAGUGCAAGUUGUUAAAGAUGUAGACGGAUUGUUUUAUGACGACAAAGUUUUAGGAAUAUCAGCAAAUGGAGAUAAUAUAGAAGUGUUUGAAGAAUUAUGUUAUUAUGUUGAGGUGUUAAGGUCAAAGGAGCGAAUAUGGCUGCCAUACACAAGUAUGUACUUAGCUGGGCGGUCUAGACCAUUUUAUGGGACAGAGAGAGUAGACAGACCAAAAAAAGCAAUUGAUGGAAAGCCAUCUCCUAGGAAAAAAUCUGAAGAUGAUUUUAGUGACUUGAGUGACCAAUGCUCUGAUUAUGAAGGAUCAGUCUCUGAUAUUGAGGAGAGGGAAACAUUAGAUGAGUAUAUAGAAAAAAUUCCAUUUGAAGAUUUUAUCCAUUGUGGCAAAGAAGUAUUAUUUGAUGAAUUAUAUGAUCUAGCACUCUUGGAUUGCGAUGAGGACGUCCAAGAUUAUCUUCUCAACGUGAACGCUAGUACUGAAGACAAGUUUGAAGAGCUUUUACGAAAUAUCGCUACUGAGAACGAAAUCGACAAUUAUCUCAAACAGUGUUGGAGAUACGCCUUUGUCGUGCAUUUCGAAUUGAAGUCGGAUGAGUGGUGGGAAGACUUAUGUGGUACGCUGACGGUGCACACCAAUUGGUGUCUCGUUUGUGGGAAGACUGAUGCCUUGAAGGAAUGUACGAAAUGUCCAGCCGCCUUCCACGGCAGCUGUUCUCGGGAGUGGCUUAUUUCCGUUAUACACCGUAAAAGCCCACUGAAGGUGAAAAACGAUUCGCCAGUACUUGUGGAGAAAGUCCUAUCAAGCACCAGGGUGAAAUGUAUGGAUGAUAAUCCAGGUGAUGACAAUCAAGAUCUGUGCCCCAGUUGCCGUUGGGGACCCAAAGUGGGAUACAAUGACAUAGUGUGGCAUAAGCUGGACAGCUGCUCUUGGUGGCCAGCCAGGGUGCUGACUCCGUGCUCUCUCCCAUUGUGUUUGAUGUCUUCCUCGCACGAGAUGGACCAGUGGCCUGUGCGGUACUAUGGUACGCUGAACCAUUCAUGGGCUAAUGCAAGUCAUAUGUGUCUGUUUCUCCCAAAACACACAACGGCUCUUAAUGCAAGAGAUGAUAUCUUGAAACAAGCCAUGCUUGACGCGAGCGACGAUUAUAUAGCCGUUUAUUUAAGAUAG